AUGGGCCACAAGUUUCUCAAGGAGAACGCUUCAAUCCUGUUUGUAUUCAAACCAGAGGAGCAGUGCAGAGUAACUGCUACUAAAGACAGAACAAUACGAGUAUGGCUGAAGAGAGACAGUGGGCAGUACUGGCCCAGCAUCUAUCACACCAUGUCAUCACCAUGUUCAGCCAUGGCUUAUCAUCAUGAUAGCAGACGAAUAUUUGUAGGCCAGGAUAAUGGAGCUAUCAUGGAGUUUCAUAUUUCAGAGGACUUUAAUAAGAUGAACUUUGUGAAGACCUAUCCAGCUCAUCAGAAUCGAGUGUCUGCUAUUAUUUUCUGCCUGACAUCAGAGUGGGUUAUCAGCACUGGUCAUGAUAAGUGUGUCAGCUGGAUGUGCACCAGGAGUGGGAGUAUGUUGGGGAGACACUACUUCACCUCUUGGGCUUCAUGUCUACAAUAUGAUCACGAAACUCGGCAUGCGUUUGUGGGUGAUUAUUCUGGACAGAUCACCCUCCUGAAGCUUGAGCAGAAUACAUGCUCAGUUAUCACAACACUCAAAGGGCAUGAAGGAAGUAUUACUUCCCUGUGGUGGGAUCCUGUUCAACGACUGCUUUUCUCAGGUGCCUCUGAUAACAGCAUUAUCAUGUGGGAUAUUGGUGGAAGGAAGGGACGAACACUGCUACUCCAGGGACAUCAUGACAAGGUGCAGGCUAUCUGUUACCUCCAGCUGACACGGCAGCUGGUGUCUUGUUCAGCUGAUGGGGGAAUUGCUGUUUGGAACAUGGAUAUCAGCCGAGAAGAGGCUCCUCAGUGGUUAGAAAGUGAUUCCUGUCAGAAGUGUGAACAACCUUUCUUCUGGAAUAUAAAGCAAAUGUGGGACACAAAGACAUUAGGGCUGAGACAGCAUCACUGCAGAAAAUGUGGGCAAGCAGUGUGUGGCAAGUGCAGUACCAAACGGUCGAGCUACCCCAUCAUGGGAUUUGAGUUCCAGGUCCGUGUCUGCGAUUCCUGUUUUGAGUCAAUCAAGGAUGAAGACCGUACUUCCUUGGCAACCUUUCAUGAAGGAAAACACAACAUUUCACAUAUGUCCAUGGACAUCUCCAGAGGGCUAAUGGUGACUUGUGGGAGUGACCGGAUUGUGAAGAUCUGGGACAUGACGCCAGUAGUUGGUUGCAGCCUUGCAACUGGCUUCUCUUCUCGCUGAUCUCAUGCCUGACAGGUUUAUGCACCUUAUGUACAGCAAUAUGCACCGAAUGAAUGGAAUCCUUAUUAAGAAUAUUACUGCAAACACUGGCUGCUUGAUUCUUCUCCUGCUGCUGUUCCAGGAUGGACAGUCACCUUUUCUGUUGGGCUCACCAGGAAUUCCCAUGGUGCAGAAGUGCAGUUUUGCAGCCUCUGGGACUAACGUAAAAUGGCUUACCUGCAAUAUCACACCUUGAUGGAAGAACCUGUUGUUUCUUGGUUUACAUAUGUAGUGUUACCCAUGUGCUAUCUCUGCUGAUAUAUCUUGUACAGAUACCUUAUAGCUAAAACAUCAGAGUUAAAUGAGUGCAGUAACUUCAAUUUGUGCAAAUAGUAAAAUAACUUAUUCUCUCUUCCACAA